AUGGCGCCGAGGCAGCUGGUCCAGCGAGUAGCCCUGGUUGCAUUCCCAGAAGCAGAACAGACAGACCUGCGUCCGGAAGAGCCUCAUCUGCGCCUUCGCCAUGGCCUUCAUCAUAAGCGUCAUGCUGAUCGCGGCCAACCAGAUCCUCCGGAGCGGCAUGGAGUAGCGGCCUCCCCAGCAGCUGCGUUCCUGGCUCCCGCGCAUGUGCUUGCCCCGCGGGCAGCCUCUUCCUCCACAAAAAAAGCAGAUACGGACGGUGCAGACGCGGCACGGUGCAGCGAAGAACCCAAGGUUGCAGCGCAACCCGUGUUGUUGCAAACCCACUUCAUCCCCUUGGCAGGUACACAAAAGGGCUGUGUCUUCAAUGCUUUAAGGGUCUUGUUUCCUAAUGCAAUAAAUAGCCAGGAGUUCCGGAUGAUCGCUUCGACCGCCUGUAGGAACUCUAAAGAGAAGCUUUCCUUUUCAUCUCGGAAUUCCCACGGCCAUCCAGGUUGGCGGUGUAAGGGAGCAAGAGAGAGGCGGAACACGCAAUCGCCUCCGCACCCCGUCCUUUCAGCCCAGGGGUCAACUGGAGACUCCCUCCCUCCCCCACCCCAGGGCAACCCUCAGUGCCAAGAAGCUGACUUCUGAGUUGCUGCAGAAGUGGGGGCUUCCCGUCCUACCCUGGCUUCCUUCCCCAACCUAGUGGAGGCCCCCCCGGCAAGGCAUGAGGGGAAAGCCAUCGAAUGGGGUGCAGCGCCCAGCGGUCUGCAAGUUGCCCCCCCCUUCGCUUCUGUUCUACUGCCUUUUCUACAGGACUCUUGUUGGCAGAGUUGGGGAGCUCUCGGUUUCCGUCGGCACUUGGCUUUCUGUUCCUAGAGCCCAUCACGCACCAGCAUUUUGGAAUCUGCAGAGAGCCUUUCUCCCAGCUUUGCCGCCUGUGCUGCCAUUUAGACAAA